ACCCCGUCGUAUUCGUGUCCAAAAUUGACUUGUGUUUUAUUUUAGGCCGAAGAUAGCAAAAUAAAGUCCUUCAGCAUGUUCCUCGAUGACGAUGGAAUACCCAGAGACCUGACCUCCGACAACCUGUACGACUAUUCGUUUGAUCUGCACGGCACGAUGCUGCUGACAUCCGCGGACACGGAGGUUUAUAUGCCGCCAAAGUGGCACGGAACGAUGUACGGCACCGAGGAGAUGCUCAACAGCUACCGCCAGAACUUUAAUCCGAAUCCAUCGCUGCUGAACUUCCACGCCCUGCAGCCCUACGAGCCGGAGCUGGUCUGCUGCAAGAAGGUCGUCGUCGAGCUGACAGUGCUGCCGGCGGGCCAGAGCCUGUUCAGCGACGCGGAGAUCGCCGUGUUUGUGGUGAAGCUGACCAAGUACGUGACCAACGCGGACGGAAGCGAGGAGGUCGACACGAACACCAACACCCUGAUCACCAAGGAGAUCGGCACCGAGCUGUGCUUCUUCCCCCACAACCAUCCCUACCACGUGCGCAUCAUGCGCGAGGGCAUCGACGUGGUCUACGUGGACGACAGGAUCUACAAGAACGGCAUGCCGAGCGUCACCUACCAGCACCAGCGUAUCUGCAAUCUGCUGAGCAACCUGCAGCCCCGCUGCGUGAAGAGCCUCUCGGGCCGCCCCCUGCCGCCGGUCCUCAACAGCGUGUGCCGCGACCCCGACGAUGGGCCCAUCUAGAUUCCACAAUACUCCACAGCAUACUGUACACCGAACGGUCUAUAAAGUGAAAGAACACCCAA